GUCUAAUUAGAACAAAUUUCUACUUUCACAUCAGCAAAUAAAAUACUACUAAAGUGAAAAUACAUUUCACUGCAUGUUAAAAGGUAAUAAAAAAAAAUGCAGGUGAAAAAAGUUUUCCGAAUAGUCAUUUUAUAUUGCUUUUAUGCAAUACAGUUAUCGGAAUCUUCGGCACAAUUGAAGAUUUAUCUUGAAACAUUUAAAGUAUCCUAUCCUAAAAUUUUGAUGCUGAUUAAAGAUAGAGAGUUUGAGAUAUGUUUUGGUGCUGAAUUGCUUAACUGUUUUGUAUCAAAAACUUUGACUUUUGAUAAGACAAACACAAUUAGUUUUCCUAAGGGUUUAUCAGAUAAAGUGGAUAACCCGUUAAUUUUAAAAUCACCAUCAUCAAAGGUUAAUGUGAGCCUACGUAUUAAACCAAAUCAUUUUUGGCAUGAAGAAGUUUCAACAAGUUUUUCUUUUGAUUCUGUUGGUAUAAAAAACUUCACUUCAACCAAUAAUCUAGCAUCAAUAUUAUCUUUCUCAGUAAGUUUAAAUUGCGAUGACAAUUUUAAGACACCUGAUUGUGUUGAAAAAAUUUGUGUUGAACACGAUGAUGAUAUAAACGGACACUAUACAUGCAGUAAAAAUGGAACUGUUAUAUGCAGAGAUGGGUGGAUUGACCCGUUAACAAAAUGUCGUUCAGUUUCAAUGCAUCCUCAAAUCUCAAGGGUUGGUUGUUAUAACGACUUUGGAAUUAUUGCUGGAAUGCGAUUGUUUUCAACGCUUAUAAACUACCGAUCUUUUAUUAAUUGGAACAACAGAUAUGGUAGCUUCAAAAAUUUAACUGAGUUAUGUUCAUCUUUUGUUAAAGAUAACAGUUUUGAAUACUUUGGUAUUUCAUACUGGGGAGAAUGUUGGACUGGGUCAAUACUUGAUAUCAACUACAAUCGAGAUGGCGAAUCCUCUGGUUGUUGGCCUCGCCAAGAUGCGAACUUAGGACCAAUGCUUGUUGGUAAAGAAGCAACAAUUAUGGUUUAUAAAUGGAAUUAUGAAUCGACUAAAUAGUUUGUUUAUAAUAGUAUAUAAACAUUGUUGUGUAAAGAUAUAUUUUAUUCUGUUA